CUAAGAACCCACAACAGGGAGAAACCUUUUGAAUGUUCAGAGUGUAGAAAGAGAUUCAGUUCAAGUGGCAAUCUUCAACAGCACCUAAGAACCCACACAGGGGAGAAACCAUUUGAAUGCUCAAAAUGUGGAAAGAGAUUCAGUCACAGUCGCAGUCUUCAACAGCAUAUAAGAAUCCACACAGGGGAGAAACCUUUUGAAUGCUUAGAAUGUGGAAAGAAAUUGCGUGACAGUAGCAAUUUUCGACAGCAUCAAAGAAUCCAUACAAAGGAGAAACCUUUUGACUGCUCAGAUUGUGGAAAGAAAUUCAGUCAGCUUGGCAAUCUUCAACAACAUCAAAGAAACCACACUGGGGAGAAACCUUUUGAGUGCUCAGAGUGUGGGAAGAGAUUCAGUAGGACUGGCAAUCUUAAGCGGCAUCAAAGAAUCCACAGAAAUGAGAAACCUUUUGAAUGCUCAAAGUGUAGGAAGAAAUACAGUCAAAGCUGUGACCUUCAAAAGCAUCUAAGAACACACAUUGGUGAGAAACGAUUUGAAUGUCCAGAGUGUGGAAAGAGAUUCAAUUGGGGUGGCAGUCUUCAACAGCAUCAAAGAACCCACACAGGGGAGAAACCGUUUGAGUGCUCAGAGUGUGGAAAGAGGUUCAGUCAGAGUGGCAAUCUUCUACAGCAUCAAAGAACCCACACAAGGAGAAACCACAGCUUGUAAAAAGAGCUUUUCUCUUUCUAAAAGACAACCACAGAACAUAGAAAGGGCUGAAACCAUGUAAGCUCUUGUAAAGACCUUGCAUCUCCCCAGAAUGGAAGCUCAGAAAUGCUCCAAAAGUAGUUAUGCAUAGGAGGGCCUUUUAGUGGUUGCCCUGCUUCAGUAUAUCUGUCAAGCUAGCUCUCUUUGACAUCUGCAAAACUGGUUAAAAACAUAUCUAUUUUCCAAAUGCUGUAGUCAAGGAUAGCAAAUAUGUACAGCCUCUCUGCUAGUAGCGUAAACAUAGUCUAAACAGCCUGCAUUCUCAAUUUAGAAACAUUUUUAUCUGCCAAGGAGUUUUGGAGAGGCAUUUCUGGACCCUAUUCUCUCCCCAGUCCAGCCUCCUGAGAGCUUUUCAGAGUUUCACCACUUUGAAGCUCAAAGUCUUCUGGCAGUAGGAUUAAUUUGGGUUGAAAGGAAAAAGUUGUGUCCCCCAACCCAGUAACUCAGUGAAUUCAAAAGGGUCAGACCCCCUAACAGCAUCUAUUGAUGUAGAAAUGAGCAGGUAACCUCAGAGCAGGCAGGUGAAUACUGUGGGAUAUAAAACUCCCCAAUCCCAGUUCUUGGUACACAAUUCCAGUUACUCCUGGAGAGAAACAGGAGAGAGAAGUAAGGUUCCCUCCUCCUGCUCUGACACCCACCCACCCCGUUCCAGGAGCCAGAAAUGUCCUGGAGUAAUGCCCCCCCGCUACACACACACACACGGACGGAUUCCUUCCUUGAGGUUGUGCCUUCAUUUUGCAGACUGAGAAAAUUCUCUUGUCAUCUCAUAAUUGUAGUUUGGAAAGAAAUCUGAUUUAAGGUUGCUAACAGGUCUGUAAAGAAAACGAAAUCCUACCUGUUUGCAAGAGGCUUAGUAUGUGGCAAUGGGCAUCUGAAGAGAUAAAUAACAUCCCAUAAAACGUCUGUUAAAGGGA